AUUUCAAUGACGCCAACACCAACCACACGCAAACCCAACCAUGGCCCGCCCCACCAAUCCCCCCCGACUCUAGCAGCACUCGCCUAACCCAUCCCAACGACGAAGUAAACCCGCAUGGCCGGCAAGCGCCUCCUCGAUGCCGCCAAACUGCUCAAUGCCGCCGCGGCCGUGGGCAAGCAGCACGCUGCUCUGCGCCGCCAGCAGUGGGAGCUGUACGGGCAGACGUCGAGUUUGGCGCGCGCGGUGAAGGAGCAGACGGAUCGGGUUACUGUUACUGCGGGUGCGGCUUGGGAGCUUGCGAGGAGACUUAGUGAGGUUGAUUCGCCGCGGCGGGGUGGGUGGAGGGAGGAGGAGGAGGAGGGUCGAGAGGCUCGAGAGUGGAGGGCUGAGAGUCAAGAGGGGGAUGUGAGGGAUGCGGCGUGGAGUGAUGCAAAAGAAGGGGCGAGAGACGCUGCGAAUGAGGAGGGGGAUGUCAAGGCUGCUUUGCGGAAAGAUGAGGCGCAGCGUGUUGAGGAUUAUCUUGCGCAGACGCAAGAGAGUGCUGCAGCUGCGCAGACAACCUCGACUUCCCCAGAGACUCGACCAAAACAGGAAGACAUCCCGGCGGGUGUUAAUUUGGAAGGCUUGUUUCAGAGCUCCAGGGUGUCUAGAAAGGUCGGAAAGACGGGUCCGAACAUCGAUAACCUUUUUGGAGCGAGGAAGAAGAUGCAAGCAAAACCUUUGCCGGAAAUGCUGGCAGCAGAUAGGCGGAGGGAAGAAGAGCGAAGUCGGGUGGCAGGGUCAGCAACGAACGUACAAUCUGCAACAAAACAAGACGAUCGUCCAGCUCCACCCGUUGGAGAAGUAUCUGGGUCACAAUCAGGAGAGGCCGACGCGGAAACACAACGGCUCGUCGAAUCGAUUGCGCAGGAGACAGAAGCGAGCCCGACUUCAUCGAGCGCCGCCAAUCAACCAAGCCCCAUGGAGAAGCCGUACGAAAUGCACGAAUCAAGAGUACCGUCCUCGCGCUUUGGCAGAUUAUGGCAGUACAGCGGGCUAGCCACCAGCAUGGCCUUUGGUGCAGUCGGGGAAGGUUUCCGUCGAUUCGCUGGCGGUUCCAGCGAAGGCAGCCUGAUGCUCAGCGAGGCCAACAUGAACCGUUUAGUCUCCAAAUUGAGUCGCAUGAGAGGCGCGGCACUGAAGCUCGGACAGAUGGUCAGCUUCCAAGACUCCAAAAUGCUGCCGCCGGAGAUCAACGCUGUAUUGCAGCGGGUGCAGGAUAGUGCGGAUUACAUGCCGCCUUCGCAACGCAAUCGAGUAUUAAGCGACAACCUCGGGGACAAGUGGAGGGAUUUGUUCUCGAAGUUUGAGGAGAAGCCGUUUGCUGCUGCUUCGAUUGGACAAGUGCACAAAGCGACGCUGGCGUCGAAUGGGAAGGAUGUUGCGGUGAAAGUGCAGUAUCCAGGUGUGCGAAACAGCAUUGACUCGGAUCUGAACAACUUGUCCAUGCUCCUUACGGCGAGCAGGCUGUUGCCCAAGGGUCUGUUUCUGGACAAGACCAUCGCGAAUGCGCGAGUCGAGCUUGCAUGGGAAUGCGAUUACGAGCGGGAGGCAAAAGCAUGCAUGCACUUCAAGGACCUACUGCGGGAGGAAAAGGACAUCUUCGCAGUGCCGGAAGUCUACAAAGAAGCCUCCGGUCCCGGCGUGUUGACGGCAGAGUUCAUGCGAGGAUCUACAGUGACGAAAAUGAAAGACCUCAGCCAACACGACAGAGACUGGGUGGGCACGCAGAUCCUCCGCCUCUGCCUGCGCGAGCUCAUGGAAUGGCGCUUCAUGCAGACGGACCCCAACUGGACCAACUUCCUCUACAACCGCGACACGCAGAAGCUCGAGCUGCUAGAUUUCGGCGCGAGCCGCGAAUUCCCGGACAAAUUCGUCGAGCCGUACGUCUCUCUCUUAAUCGCCGCCUCAAAAGGCAACAGAGAGCAAUGCCGCGACCUGUCCAUCGAACUGGGCUACCUCACCGGCGACGAAGGGCCCGAAAUGGUGCGCGCGCACGUCGACUCCAUCAUGACGCUCGCGGAGCCUUUCGUCGAGGGCGCGCCGGAAGUGUACGAUUUCAAGGACCAGAGUAUUACCGAGCGCGUGCGGGCGAAUAUUGGGCUUAUGUUGCGGGAGCGGUUGGCGCCGCCGCCUGAGGAGACGUAUAGUCUGCAUCGCAAGUUGAGCGGGGCUUUUUUGCUGUGUGCUAGGUUGGAGAGUCGUGUGCGGGCGCGGGAGAUGUUUGCUACGGCGGUGGAGGCGUGGAACGGGAGGGAUGUGAAGAUUUGAGAGAAUACCUGUUGUGUUGUAGUAUGAGGAUGAGUGAAUAGACAUGAUGGCAAUGCAUACGUAGCGUUUGGGAGGAUUGCAAUCCUCGUACUGACUUAGAAAACGUAUACAGAAUAAACAGAUGAAGGCAUUGCAAUCUCUCCGAG